GGACGUUGGCUGCAGGUAUGGAUGUUGUACUCUUUUCCCUGUCUAUAUUUCCUUCCCAAUCGGCUGCCAUCCGAGGAGCUGAGGAAGCCUAGAGCUCUCAGGAGCAGUCCUUUGAGCUGGCGUAGGGGUAAGGGGCACAACCAGGGAGGUUGGUGGUGAGGAAGUUCCUCACUUUGAUCUUCGGAAAUCCCUUGUUCCUGGUGGCCCCUCCAAAGCCGCACUCAGAAUGGUCCAGCGUUUGACAUACCGACGUAGGCUUUCCUACAAUACAGCCUCUAACAAAACUAGGCUGUCCCGAACCCCUGGUAAUAGAAUUGUUUACCUUUAUACCAAGAAGGUUGGGAAAGCACCAAAAUCUGCAUGUGGUGUGUGCCCAGGCAGACUUCGAGGGGUUCGUGCUGUAAGACCUAAAGUUCUUAUGAGAUUGUCCAAAACAAAGAAACAUGUCAGCAGGGCCUAUGGUGGUUCCAUGUGUGCUAAAUGUGUUCGUGACAGGAUCAAGCGUGCUUUCCUUAUCGAGGAGCAGAAAAUCGUUGUGAAAGUGUUGAAGGCACAAGCACAGAGUCAGAAAGCUAAAUAAAAAAAAUGAAACUUUUUUGAGUAAUAAAAAUGGAAAGACUUGCUGUA